AUGGCUCAACUUGCAGACGGUUUGCUACUCAAAAGGGCGGCCGGGCAUGGCGCGCGGCUUUCUGACCUCUCCCUUGUCGCUUGGUCAGCCGCCGGACUCCUUCUGGGAACUACAUCGGAUGCUGGGCUGCACUCAGAUGGCACAUCGGAUAUGUCGGACUUGAAGUUGGGUGAGUGCUAUGAAGCAGACCUUCAACGGCUCGGCCCCACUUCCGGCGCGCUGCUCCACCGGCCCCGGAUGGCCGGCAGCAAGGAUUUGAGGGACCUCAGAGGGGACCUGAAGGUGAAGGCGAAAGCCGCCAGCCUGGCACAACUGAACCACUUCUCUCAGCGUAGUUUAGACCGACUGCCGGCCCAAAUCCACAUUCGCCAAGAGCUGGAGAGGCUCAACGACGAGAAUGCAAGUCCCGCAAGCCCGGGCGUGAUGGACUCCAGCUCAGGCUUGGGAACUGGUAGCUUAAGUCUGGUUCCAAAUCGGAGGGAUUCGGGUGAGAUCGGAGCUCCAUCGGACCUCCCGCCGGCCCUCGAGCCUGCCCUCGAAUCCCAGCACUCCCCGCAAUCCCCCUGGCGCCGGCCCUCCGAUGCCUCCGAGGGCUGCUUUGCCGGCUUCGCCGCGCACGCCUGCUGGCUCCAGAAGUCGAAGUCGACGGUGGUGCGGCGCAAGAGCACGCUGGGCGCCGCGAGCGCCAACAUGCAGAAGUCGGCCACCAUCCCCACGCUGGCCUCGACAAGCAAGCCGGCCUACACCAUCGACCCCACGGGCCACUUUCGUAACUUCUGGGAUUGCUUGGGGAUCUUCCUCCUGCUCAAAGACUCCAUCACCAUCCCUCUGCAGUUCGUGGUGGACGACUUUAUCUUGAGAUUCCCAGUUCUUUUCUUCAUCACUCAGGUGGGGGUGUUUUACUGGGCUGCCGACAUCCUUUUGUCCUUCGCCACGGGCUACCUUCACAAGGGGACCCUUGUGCAGGAUCUACGAAAAGUUUGGUGUCACUACCUUCGCACCUGGUUCGUACCAGACAUCCUUGUCACCUUUGUGGAUUUUCUUUUGGAGUUUUCAUCUCUUGGAGAAUCCGUUGGGGAGACGGCCGCAACGACUCGAAUCCUAAGGCUCAUGAGACUCUUCCGUGUCGUUCGCCUUGGCAAGCUCACUCGGGUGGCAGCCUUCCUCCGGGAUCAGUUCGAGUCGCCGAUGGCCUCAACACAGUUUAGCCUGCUCUUGGUGAUGCUGGGCAUGAUGCUGGUGGAGCAUGUCCUCGCCUGCUGCUGGUUGGGGGUGGGCGUCCUGGCGUCUGAGGAUGCCAGCACGUGGCUGAAGAAGAAUGAGUUGACGGAGAGCUCAGUGAUGGUGCAAUAUACAAGCGCCCUCCGCUGGGCUUUCAUGCAACUCGGAGUUGGGGGGACCAAUAUCGAGGCCACGAACGAGACAGAGGGCUACUACACCGUCCUUGUCUGCUUCAUCAGCCUGGUGACCUUCUCCACGGUGAUCAGCUCCAUGACAUCCCUGGUCACUGCACUGCACAGUCGGCGGCUGGAGGAGUCUCAGCAGUUUGGCCUGCUGAGACGGUUCCUGCGCCAGCAGAAGAUCCCGGAUGGCCUCGGCCACCGCGUCACCCGCUUUUUGCAGUUUGCCUACCAUGCGACAGAGACACAGGAACAAGACCUCCACAUCCUCAGCUUGCUGUCGAAGUCACUUUCCGCAGAGCUACAGUUCGCCCGGUACAAGCAAUGCUUGGAGCUGCUACCCUUUCUCAAGAGCCUUCUGCAGUCUCACGAGAUGAGCGCGCAGGAAGGGCAAGUUAUUCAGCGACUGGCCACACAGGGCGUGGUGGUCCUCGAUGCCGGCGAGGAUGAUCUCGUUUUCUGCCGCGGCGCGAAGGCGGAGGCGUGCUACUUUGCCAUGCAGGGCUCGCUUUCCUAUGAGACUGACGAUAACUUGUGGGAGCUGCGUGCACGCCACUGGAUCUCGGAGAUGUGCCUCUGGACAGAAUGGUGCCACGUGGGUGAUCUGACAUCCACAAACUUCAGCAAGAUUCUGGCAAUCCACUUCGAGGCCUUCUGCACAUGCGUCGGCAGCCUGGGAGCUGCGCAGAACCAGGCGCACCGCUACGCGUUGGCGUACGUCGAGGCGAUGAAUCAGGCAAGUGACCUGACAGACUUGUGGCUCUACCAGCAAGGAGCAGCCUCGGAGCCCACAGGAACAGGAGGAACAGGAACGGAGAUGCUGAGCCAGCUCUUCAAAGGGCGAUUCCUUUCGGACUCGGGAAGCCGCACUCACAGCGCGCAGCUGGCGCGCGUGGCGCCGUCUGCGUAA